UACCACUGUUCGCACUCUGCGAAAACAAAAUUUUUUGAAAAAAAAACAUGUAACGAUCUUUUUGAAAAAAAAAAGCAUUAACGGAUAGUUCGCCGACCAAACAAGUGUAUUUAAAGCCAGUCAAGACCUUCAUUGCUCUGUAUGUAUUUUCAAGCGAGUCAGGACCUUUCUUCUUUUCCUUGUUGUAAUGCACUGUUCUUCAAUUUCAGACAGAUUUUAGCAUAUGGGUCUGCGGAAGAGUCCAUGACGGAUGAUAAAGAAUUCUUCAUAUUAACCUCUUCUUCCAGACAGAUUUUAACAUAUGGGUCUGCAGAAGAGUCCAUGACAGAUGAUAAAGAAUUCUUCAUAUUAACCUCUUCUUCCAGAGUUUUUGGGUUGAGCAUUUGUGAAUUAAAAAGUUUUCGUCUAAAGCCUUGUGUAAUCUUAGAUGAAGGUUUGAACAUAUGGAUCUGCAGAAAGAGAGUUAAACAUGGACAACAAAUAUAG